CGUACCUCCUCACUCUAGCGACUCCGCCUUUCCCUUCUGCUCAAAGCCGUUUUCUCCUUCGCGGUCAAAAGCCUUCCCAAUUCCUGCUUCACCCAUGGCCUCACACUCACAGCACAAGCACCCAUGGUUUCUCCUCUCCGUUUUCCUUAUCCUGCUUCUCUCAGAACAAUGGAUUAUGCAACCGGAGGCUCGUCUCCAUACUCGCCACCUUAAAUUUUCGCCAAAGAAACUGUUCGUUUUUGGCGACUCUUACGCGGACACCGGAAACAUCCGAAGAGGAGUAUCUAAGGUCUGGAAAGAGCCUUAUGGAACUACCUUUCCGGGCAAACCAGCCGGUCGGUUCUCCGACGGAAGAGUCAUCACCGACUACAUCGCCAAGUAUCUGAAAUUGAAAUCGCCAUUGCCUUACGGAAUGCUAAAAGAACAUCCACAUCAUGUCAAAUAUGGGAUAAACUUUGCUUUUGGUGGAACCGGUGUUUUCAAUACCUUAGUUCCAGGGCCAAACAUGACCACCCAGAUCGAACAAUUUGAAAGCCUCAUCAAUUACAAUGUAUUCAACAAAUCCGACCUUGCCGACUCCGUUGCCCUCGUCUCCCUCGCCGGGAAUGAUUACAGUAACUUCUUGGCCACCUAUGGCUCCAUCAAUGGCAUAUCGUCUUUUGUUGGGCUAGUGGUGAAUCAGACGGCUGUCAAUAUACUACGGAUUCAUAAGUUGGGAGUAAAGAAAAUUGCAUUGACUUCCCUACCACCUCUUGGAUGCGUUCCUGAGAUCACAGCCUCAUCCUCAUACAGAGCAUGCAACGAUACUUAUAACAUACUCGUCUCGAUUCAUAACAGCUGCUUACUGGAUGCAGUAGAGAAGUUGAACGGAGAAAGCAAGAAGAAUUCAAGCUUCGUGAUGCUUAACCUUUACGAGAGUUUCUUGUCAGUACUGAAUGACACCAAAAGACAAAAUAGCAGUAGGAUGGAGAAGACGUUUAGGCCAUGUUGCGCUGGAGUGAGCAGUGAGUAUUCGUGUGGGAGUGUGGACGACAAGCAGGUCAAGAAGUAUAGGGUUUGCCAGGAUCCCAGAGCAUCUUUCUUCUGGGACACGGUUCAUCCCACACAAGCUGGCUGGCAUGCCGUCUAUAACAGACUGCGAAACACCUCUGAUCUUCGACAGCUUCACUACUGAACGAGGUUUAUGUCGGUAGCCAGCUUGUGUCGGCCGUUUUUUAGGGGUAUUUAAUGAAUUGCGGUUGGGUAAUGGAACUGGUUUUGGUUUUACGGGUGAUUUGCCUGUCAUGCUUCAUGUGCUGAACUUAUGUAAUGUGAAAUCUAGUUCGCGGCAAUUAUGGAUCAGACGAUUGAUUCGCAUUCAGAGAGGGAAACGGAUUCUCAGCUCAUCAUCAGUCAUCAGGAUGAUGCUCCUGCUUUGCUGGAAAAUUUCAACCGUCCACUAAUCUGACGCAUACCAUUGCGGCUUGCGCUGUAUACCUAGAAAAAUAGAAACAUGAUAUGUCAUGAUCGCAGUAUUGAAUUGGUGCGGCAAUUUCUUUAAAAUUA